GCCUCAGUGCUUACACAGCACUUAUCCCUCCAGAACUGCUGCGCCAGCGUUAACUCAUUAAACUGACCCCGGUGCUCCCGGAGCAGAGGGCAGGACUCCGGGAGAUGGGAAAUCCCUUGGAAAGCUGGGCAGCAGGGAUAUCCCAGAGGAAAAGGGCAGGAGAGGGCCCGCGGUUUCCCCAUUCCAUCUUCAGCAGAGGCCGUGAACCAGCACCGGCUCUCCAGGCAGGUGGGGCCGAGGCAGGACGGGUGCUCUGCUAGGUGGAUGCGGCAGAAGCGCUGCCGGCUGCGAGGGUGUCCUGCGGUCCCCGGGGAGGCCCCAGUAAAAGCCGUGCUCUCCUUCCACAUCCCGUGUCAGCCUCCAGCAUACGAUAUGUAGCAGCAGCCACAGACCGCAGGGCAAGGGCUCGACCCAGCGACCACCGGGCUGUGCCCUGCGCCACACCGAGUCCCUCACUGCCAGCGCCCGCCGCCUGGCACCGGGACCCGCAGGCCAGGGAAUACCCACGGAUAUAGUGUGGGACAAUAGGGACGUGUCAGUGCUGCGCCCCAGGGACCCCCAGACAGGCAGUGGCUGCCAGGGCCGGCCCGGGCUGAAGCGCACAGAAGCAACCGCUGUGCCCGGCGGGCGGCGGAAGCCCCGCGCCCGCACAUCAAUGCAGCCCCCCCGGCUGCCGCCCCGCCCCGGCGCCGCCGCUCUUCAAAGGCCCUUUGGUGGCGACCGCUGCGGCCGCGCCCUGUCAAUGCCGGGAACCGCCCGCGGCGGGGGAGAGGGCGGGGCCGGUGGCACUAAAUGGCUCCGCGACAGCGCGGGCGGGACCGCCACCGCUCCGCACCCACCGCCAGGCGGUGCCCGCCACAAAGAUGGCGCCGGGUGGGCGGGGUGACCGCGCAGCCUUUGCGCAUGCGCCGAGCGAUUCCCCCCAAGCGCGGGCUCUGCUUCGCGCACGCGCUCCACUCCCGCGGCCCCGGCGCAAGAUGGCGGCGGCGGGGCGGGCGAGGCGGAGGUGGGGCGGCGGCGGUGGCGGACGCAGCGGUGCCCGGUGCCUGCAGCCCCUGGCCUCACGCCCAGCCGCCCCCGCGGGCCAGGCGCGGGACGCCCCGCUAUGAGGAUGCGGCCCCGGCGCGCCAGCGGCGAGCACGGAGCGACGGCCACGCGUCCCGCCAGGCAGCCCGCCACCUGUGGUUGCUGAGAAAUGGCCAAUGAGAAUCACAGAAGCCCUGCGGAGGAAGCGUCUCUCAUGAGUCACUCACCUGGCACCUCCAACCAGAACCAGCCCAGCUCCCCCAAACCCAUGCGCCUGGUACAGGACCUGCCAGAUGAGCUGGUGCAGGCUGGCUGGGAGAAGUGCUGGAGCAAGCGGGAGAACCGCCCGUACUACUUCAACCGCUUCACAAACCAGUCCCUGUGGGAAAUGCCUGUGCUGGGACAGCACGAUGUCAUAUCAGACCCUCUGGGACUGAAUGCAGCUCCAAUGCCACUGGAAGGUGGGGUGGCAGAUGCUUCUGUGGAGAGCAAGCAAAGGAAGAGGAGGUUCUCAGAGGAGGUUCCACCAAGUGGCAACAGUGCGAAGAAGCCUAAGGCGGAUGUCCCAGGGAACUCAGCUGCUCAACCAGUCCCCAGCUCUCCCAGUAUUCCAGGCACUUCUGUUUUGAAGGCAUGGUGUGUUUCACCUGAAGACAAACAGCAGGCAGCUCUUCUACGACCCACUGAAGUAUACUGGGACUUGGAUAUUCAGACAAAUGCUGUAAUUAAGCAGAGGGCACCAUCAGAAGUGCUUUCUCCACACCCUGAGGUGGAGCUGCUGCGGUCCCAGCUCAUUCUCAAGCUGCGGCAGCAUUACCGUGAGCUCUGCCAGCAGCGAGAAGGGAUUGACCCACCGAGGGAGUCAUUUAAUCGCUGGAUGUUGGAGAGGAAAGUGGUUGAUAAAGGGACAGAUCCUCUUUUACCGAGUGACUGCGAGCCAGUAGUGUCUCCUUCCAUGUUCAGAGAGAUCAUGAAUGACAUUCCCAUCAGGUUAUCCAGAAUUAAGUUCCGUGAGGAAGCCAAGAGGCUGCUCUUCAAGUAUGCUGAGGCUGCGAAGCGACUGAUUGAAUCCAGGAGUGCUUCCCCAGACAGCAGGAAGGUGGUGAAGUGGAAUGUGGAGGACACCUUCAGCUGGCUGAGACGGGACCAUUCUGCCUCCAAGGAGGACUACAUGGACCGCCUGGAGCACUUACGCAAACAGUGUGGGCCCCAUGUGUCUGCUGCAGCCAAGGACUCUGUUGAAGGCAUCUGCAGUAAAAUUUACUACAUAUCCCUGGAAUAUGUCAAGCGCAUCCGGGAGAAGCAUCUUGCCAUCCUCAAAGAGAACAAUAUCUCUGCUGAGGUGGAAGCUCCUGAGGUCCAGGACAGGCUGGUGUACUGCUACCCCGUGAGACUGGCCAUCCCCUCGCCACCACUGCCCAGUGUGGAGAUGCACAUGGAGAACAACGUGGCCUGUGUGCGGUACAAGGGGGAGAUGGUCAAAGUGAGCCGCAACUACUUCAGCAAGCUGUGGCUUCUGUAUCGGUACAGCUGCAUCGACGACUCGGGCUUUGAAAAGUUCCUGCCCAGGGUUUGGUGCCUUCUCCGUCGAUACCAGAUGAUGUUCGGUGUGGGCCUGUAUGAAGGUACUGGUCUGCAAGGGGCACUUCCUGUGCACGUCUUUGAAUGCCUCCACAAGCUCUUUGGAGUGAGUUUUGAAUGCUUUGCCUCGCCCCUGAAUUGCUAUUUUAAACAAUACUGUUCAGCCUUCUUGGACACAGACGGGUAUUUUGGAUCCAGGGGCCCAUGCCUGGAUUUCUUCCCUAUAAGUGGCUCUUUUGAGGCAAAUCCUCCGUUCUGUGAGGAGCUGAUGGAUGCCAUGGUCUCUCACUUUGAGAAACUGCUGGAGAGCUCCAGCGAGCCGCUCUCCUUCAUUGUGUUCAUCCCUGAGUGGCGGGACCCCCCCACGCCAGCCCUGACGCGCAUGGAGCAGAGCAAGUUCAAGCGACACCAGCUCAUCCUGCCAGCCUUCGAUCACGAGUACCGCAGCGGGUCCCAGCACGUCUGCAAAAAGGAGGAGAUGUACUACAAGGCUGUGCACAACACAGCCGUCAUCUUCCUGCAGAACAGCGCCGGCUUUGCAAAGUGGGAGCCCACGCCGGAGCGGCUGCAGGAGCUCGUUGCAGCCUACAAGCAUUCGGGCCGGACCCUCAGCUCCUCAUCUUCCUCCUCCUCGUCCUCAUCCUCCUCCUCCUCCUCCACAGCGGACAAAGAGCGGGAGCUGGGCCGAGAGCAGAGCAGCAGCCGAGAGACUAAUCCCAACUAAGGCAGAGGUGCGAGGCAGCAGGGGAGGUGCCGGCGGCCCCGGGGGAGGCUGGCCGGGGCAGCAGAGACUGCUGGCUGCGCAGCACUGGCCCAGGACUCCUGCGCAGCAGCUCCACGGCACCUGCUCUCCUCUGCGAACUGCACGCCAGCCCCAGGAGCCGGGAGCGCCCGGCGGCCAGAGGGAGAGGAGGCUCAGCCGCAGCCCUCACCAGGGGUGAGGAGCCCAGUGUGGCGCGGCAGGAGGAGCCGGCAGCUCCGCGACGCCGGAGCGCCAAGGGAAGGGACAGCCAGAGCUGGGACGCGCGCGAGCAGAAGGACGGCGGAACAGAUGGAGGGGUGGAUGGCAAGCGCCAGGGCUGGGCGCUGAGCGCCGCGGCCGGAGGGGCCCCGGCAGGAGAGGGACGGGCAGAGCCCGGGGGCUCCUGCGGCCGGACUGGCCCCAGCACGGCUCCGUGUCCAUAGUGUAAAUAGUUCUGUCUGUGGCGCCCACGCUCCUCGUGGGGCUGCUCCCAUCGCAUCUGUGUUUCUUUCUCAUGUGUGAGUCCCGUGUUCGCUGACAUUGUGUCCCAGAGAGGAGCAGAGGAGAAGAGUUUCUUUGGUGUGUAAAGAUGUCUUUGCAGCUGUUUUGUAGUCAUUGUGGUUUUUAUGCGGAGCCUCCGGGCUUUAUUUAACCUCCUUGGGUUUUGUUUUGUAAGGAUUAAUUUAACACCGCUAACCAUUUUAUUACUUUUAUCAAGAAGAGCAAAGUCUAUUUUUGAUUUCUGUUUCCUAGUUCUUAGGAACAUUAAAACCAGCAUACAGCUCUG